GCUUACGAGCGAACACCGGUGCACAAUGCUGCGUUCCUCGUGAGAUAGAUUAUCAUGAGCUACAGCUGAUCACGCUGAAACCAAGACGGUGCCGUCGGCAACGGCGCCAAUUUUAUUCUAGAAGCCGCCGCGAAGGUCCGUGACCGCCGUUAGCAAAAUCGCAUUUCCUUUCCUUGGCUUGGCUUGCGACCUCCUCGAGUCCUCGGCGUGCAAAUAAUGACCCAUUACGGUACGUUAUGUGACGCCGUGACGACGCGGGAGCCGGUACCAGCUCUUAUCGCUCAUAAGUCGCCUUUCACCCAGGCAAAAUUGGAAGCAGAGCGAUACCCCGCGAGAGGUUCAUCGAUUGAGCGUGCAUCGGUGGGAGACGAGAAACCAAGAUCUUGCCGAUGCCGAUCGAGGGACCACAGACUGGUCGGGCGACGGUCACGUCGACGUUGUGCAACGGCAAAGGAGCCGUAAUUGCUUGCAAUGCCGAGUGAUACUUUCUUCUUCACACGGCCCAGACAUGAUGAGCCACGUUGGAAGGCCACGUCAUGGUAUGAUGACCGUUGAGAUAACCACCUCUCGUAGAUCAUCACAAGAGCUCGAAGGGCCGCGUGUGUGCUUGAAUGCAGUAUCAAUGCCAAGCGCCAAGACGAUCAGUCUUACAGCGAGAGAUUUCUGCCUCAUCGCCCGCGACUUGCCAGCCAACCGGUUGUCAAACUCCCUCGUUCGCCCAUAGCGCUUCGCCAGUCAAUGUUGAGCUGCCCGAGAGGAAUUCUGCUCGUAGUCUC